AUGAUUUUCCCUAAGAGAGUCUUGGCUAAAAUUUCAGCCAUCUGCAGAGCUUUUCUCUGGAAAGGUCAAGUUUUUUCUAUGAAUUCUGGUAAUAUUGCCUGGGACCAGAUUUGCAAACCAAAAAAAGCAGGAGGCCUUGGUUUCAAGGAUUGUUAUAUUUGGAAUAUUGCUACCAUUGACAAGUAUAUUUGGGCUGUUGCAGAAAAGAAAGACAAUUUAUGGGUUAAGUGGGUGCAUGAUGUUUAUAUCAGAGAUAAGGAUUGGUGGGAUUAUGUUGCCCCUGUUCAGAGCAGUUGGUAUUGGAGAAAAAUCGUUCAAGUCAAGGACCAGUUUAAAAAUUUGAGAUCUCUUCAGCAGUUAAGCACUACUGGUUAUCAAAUUCGAAAGGGUUAUCAAUUACUUAGCCCUAUAAUUGAGACUGUCCAUUGGUGCAAGGAAGUGUGGGGGAGAUUAAAUAUCCCCAAGCAUAGCUUCAUCCUUUGGCUUGCUGUUCAGAAUCGGUUAAAGACUAAAGAGAGGCUUCAGAGAUUUAAUAUUCUUAAUGACUCUACAUGCUUGCUCUGUAAUAGUCAACCUGAAAGUGCUACUCAUUUAUUUUUUGGUUGUAGCAUCAGUUUGAUUUGCCUUCGGCAGGUUCAACUUUGGCUGGGCUGGAAUGCAAAUGCAUCUUCUUUGGUGGCUGUUUUGCGUUGGAUUGAGAGAGCUAAGCUUAGUAAGUUCAGGAAGCUCUUGUACUCUGCUGCAGUUGCAGCCGUGACUUACCAGAUUUGGAAAGGGCGUAAUGAGGUUUUGUGGUCUCAAAAACAAUUUCAUAUUGAUGUAGUUGUUCAGUUGGUUAAAGAUAAUAUAGUCUCUUAG